AUGUCGCUGAUUCAAAGUAUAAAUGUGGCCGAUAUCUCCAAAAUUACUUCAGGACAGGUCAUCAUUGACCUUAGAUCAAUUAUCAAGGAACUAAUAGAAAACUCUAUCGAUGCUUCAGCAACAAGAAUUGUAAUCAACUUCAACAAUUACGGAAUUGAAGCAAUAACUGUUCAAGAUAAUGGAAAGGGGAUACUGAAAGAGGAUUUUGGAACCGUGUGUCUCCGGAGCCAUACCUCCAAAAUAAACGAUCUUGACGAUUUGUCCAAGUUGGGAACAUUGGGAUUUCGAGGUGAGGCAUUAAAUUCGAUUUGUGCCUUGUCUACAAAAGUGACAAUCACUACUCUGACUUUGGAUACUUAUCCGAGAAACUACACUUUAAAGUACGACCAACGUGGACAUUUGAAAGAAGAAACGACCAAAUUAGGUGGUAUGAGCAAUAAAUCAGGUACUACAAUUAUAAUUGAGCACUUGUUCAAGAAUUUAUCCGUGCGCUGGAAGAAUUUCAUCAAAAAUUCCAAAAGAGAGUUCCAUAAGGCGGUCAACUUUAUUAUAAAUUAUUUGCUAAUAUAUCCUGAAAUCAAAUUUGAAGUGACAAAUACUAAUUCCAAUGGCAAGAAACAAUUGGUUUUGUCAUCAAAGGGGGGAGAUAAUAAUACAACUGUGGAGAAUUUGAUAACAAUAUACGGAAAUAAUGGAAAUACCAACCUCCUCAAUGUUGAUAUUGAGAUUGAUCCCAAUACAAAAUUGAGUGGUCAUAUUUCAUCAUACUCCUUUGGAUUAGGACGAUCAACCCCCGAUAGACAAUUUUUGUUUGUCAAUAAACGACCUAUUGUGUUUAGAAAGUUGACGAUGUUGAUAAACGAGGUUUACAAGUCGUUUAACCAUGUACAGUAUCCGAUAUAUGUAUUGAAUCUUGAAAUUGACCCCGAACUAAUUGAUGUUAAUGUCUUACCCGACAAAACGAAUGUUUUGCUUCAUAACGAGUCCCGGAUCUUAGAAGCUAUACGUGAACGUCUUGUCGAAUUUUAUACAAUGCAAGAUAGAGUUAUUAUUCCAAAGAGUUCAAGGGAGCAAAUACCAUUUAAUAAGCAUAGUACAACUAUUGUGGGAGAGACACCCAAUUCGAGUCGAGAGAAAACCAAAGCUCGUACAAUCGAUAUUAAACAGUUUAUAAAGAAGGAAGAAGGUGAAACUAUAGACAGUAUAGACACCGAGAAUCCAGCUUCAAUGGAUCAGAGUAUGGGUGGCGGUGAUGGUGAUGUCAAAGAACAUUUGAUGCAGAGAGAGGAAUUUGAAGUUGGCCAAACAGACGAAUCAAAGGCAAAAACAGAGUCACUAUUCUGUCAAGAAUCAGGAGAUGAAGAUCUGGAUAAAGUUGAAGAAACACGCCCGUCGUCGUCUCAAAUACAUAGGAGAAGCAGUAUCGAAGUUUUUGAUCCAAUUGAAGAACGCAGCUUAGGUCCUAGUCAAGCUUCUUUAAAACCGGAGCUACAGGAGAAUAACGUUGAUGAUGAACGCGAAGAGGUGACAGUUGAUACUGACAAUGAGGAGGAAGAGGAAGAAGAGGAAGAAGAGGAAGAAGAGGAGGAAGAGGAAGAAGAGGAAGAAGAGGAAGAAGAGGAAGAAGAGGAAGAAAAAGAGGAGGCUAAACUCGCAUAUGAAACCUCUCAGAACAAAGUUGCUGCUUCAACUGAAUUGACUAACACUACCACGCCUCCAGUAGAGACUACAACAUGCAAGGGACUAAGCACAAUAGAAAGCAAACCUAGCGACUUGGUCCACACCUCACAGGCAUUGUCAAAUUUUUCCUACAAUGAACCUGAAACUCGAACUGAGGUCAGUGAAUUGCAAGAUAACCACGGGGUAAACUUCUACCCCAUGCAGGCAAACCAAAGUGAUGAAAACUUGUAUAUUAAAAUAGGUGAUGAGGAGUUUGAGGAAAGACCAGCAAAGAGGCACAAGUCAUCAAAUUUGUACGCAAAGAGGAGAAAACAGUCGUCCCAAGAAUUACUAUCAAAGAUAGCCACUUUAAGAAAUUUUGACACUGGCGAAGAUGUAAAGGAUAGCCAGACUAUAAAAGUCAACCAGACAUUGGAAGAUGAAGGAAUCUAUCACAUUUCCAAAUCGGAUUUUCUUAAAAUGAAGUUGGUGGGACAGUUCAACUUGGGGUUUAUUUUGGUUCAUCAUGGAGCUAAUUUAUUCAUAAUAGAUCAACACGCCUCUGAUGAGAAAUACAACUUUGAAAAAUUGAUUGAGAAUUAUAGCAUUCAAAAUCAAUCAUUGAUAAGACCACAAGUACUUGAAUUGAAUAUUAUUGACGAAAUGUUGGUUAUUGAUCAUGAGGGAGUAUUUAGAAACAAUGGUUUCAAAUUCACUAUUGACAAUGAAAGCAAACUCGGAUCAAGGAUUGUUCUUACUUCAUUACCGGUGUACAAAAACAUCAUGUUUGAUACUAAUGAUUUUAUGGAACUCAUUAAUUUGAUCAAUGAACAACCAAGUAAUAAGCAUAUCAAAUGCUCCAAAAUUAGGAAAAUCCUUGCGAUGAAGGCGUGUCGAAGUAGUAUAAUGAUUGGAUCAUCGUUAUCACGAGGCAAGAUGACGCAAGUGGUCCAGAAUCUAAGUCGGCUUGAUAAGCCCUGGAAUUGUCCACAUGGAAGACCCACAAUGAGACACUUAAGUGAAUUAGAUAAUUGGAAAAGUAAGUACUUUGAUUACAGUUUGUGA